AUGCGUCCCCGUCUCUUGUUCUGGGCAGCGACCUUGGGGGUUGCGGAAGCAACCAACCGGUCCCAGCUCGGCCGAAGGCAGGACGGUGCCCAAAACAGCAUUGCCGAUACUAAAAAGUUCAUUGUUGAGGCAGAGCCGGGCACUGUUCUAGAUGACUUGUCACGGAAGAUCGAAGCCACCGGCUCCAGGGUUCUCAAGUCAUUUGAUAGCGACAUUUUUUCUGGCCUCAGCGUUGAAUCGGAAACCGACAAUGUGGACACGCUGCAAAAUGUUGGCGAGGUCGCCCAGGCUUGGCCUGUGAAAACCUACCGACUUGCACCUGUGAUAUCCCAGGCGUCAUUUGGCGACGACGCCACUGCCAAGAACUGGUCCAUUCAUUUCUCGACUGGAGUCGACAAGCUCCACGAAGCCGGUAUUCUGGGCAAGGGCGUGAAGGUUGCGGUUAUCGACUCAGGAGUUGACUACCGUCACCCUGCUCUUGGUGGCGGGUUCGGGCCCGGGUUCAAAGUCGCGGGUGGUUACGAUCUUGUUGGCGAAGAGUACGAUGGAUCUAAUGAGAAAAAUCCUGACGGAGAUCCUUUGGACUCACUCGGACAUGGCACUCACGUUGCCGGUAUAAUCGCCGGGAAGAGCGACUUCUACGUCGGUGUUGCACCAGAGGCAGAGAUUGUUGCUUUCAAAGUCUUUGGCGCUUUCGAGGGCACCGACGAAGACACGUUGGUGGAAGCAACCAUCAUGGCAUACGAGUCCGGUGCAGAUAUCAUUACUGCAAGCAUCGGUCGUGCCAACGGCUUCUCGGACGGGCCUUGGGCUACUGUGGCAUCCAGAAUCGUGGAGCAAGGAGUCGUCGUCACCAUCGCAGCCGGUAACGACGGUGACGAGGGUCCGUUCUAUGCCAGCACCGGAUCUUCCGGCAAGGAAGUACUCGCGGUUGCUUCUGUCGAUACCAGCCGAGUUCCCGCGAGGCCAUGGCACGCAACAUUCAAUCUAAACGGCGAGGCUAGCACCACUCAGCUUGCAUACAUACCUCCGGUCAACAGAGCCCUUUGGAACACUACUGGCCUGCCCAUUCUCCCGCUGGGGUUUGACACCAGCAACCCAGCGGAAGCGUGCAGCCCGCUGCCGGACACGACGCCAGACCUCUCGGACGUCAUCGUGCUCAUCCGGAGAGGGACAUGCACGCCUUACGUGAAGCAGACAAAUGUUGAAAAGUUCGGCGCCCGCCACGUCCUUUUCUACAACGACAACUCCCGCCCGUUUGAACUCGUUGCCAACUCGGCUUACAAGUCCCAAAUGGCACUGAUCGAUGCCAAGGCCGGAGCAGCCAUCAUCGAAACCGUCAAAGCCGGAGGCAGCGUCACCGCAGACUUCACCGUGCCUGCAGACGGCAACUGGGCUGUUGGUUUCUUUGAUGCCGCCGGCGGUAUUCCCUCGCAGUAUACCUCCUGGGGUGGCACCUACGAGCUGGAGAUCAAACCUGACAUCGCCGCCCCUGGCGCCAACAUCUACAGUACAUAUCUGGACGGCACCUACAAAGUCCUCAGUGGUACCUCCAUGGCAACGCCAUAUGUUGCAGGCGUCGCCGCUCUUUACAUCAGCAAGCACGGAGGUCGUUCCGUGCACGGAAAGGACUUUGCCAAAAAGCUCUCGAGGCGCAUCAUCUCCAGCGGGGAAAGCCUACCAUGGCAGCUUUUCGAGCCACAGGGCCUUCCUACGGACUUUGGGUUUCUUGCUCCAGUCACUCAAGUGGGAAACGGGCUCCUCAACGCAUCGAAACUCCUGGAUUACAAGACGUCGCUGUCGUUCGAGAAGUUUGCACUCAACGACACCGGGUCGUUCAGUCGGUACCACAAGGUUGAGAUCACGAAUGAUGGCGACAGCCCAGUAACCUACAACUUCACACUGGAGCCUGCAGGCGGGUUCUUCGCUCAGGGAAGAACCUCUGGUUUACUCGCAGACAUCCUAGACGUGAAGCCUUUCAGCCUCGUUCCGACAGUCACUUUCCCGUCGGGCGUCUUCCGUGUCAGUCCUGGCGAGUCGAAAGAGGCCCAGUUCAAUUUCAUAUUCCCAGAGUCUGUCGAUGAGGCGAAACUACCGGUAUACAGCGGCAGGAUCAUCAUCAGAGGAAGCAAUGGCGAGACCGUCGCUGUGCCUUACAUGGGUGCGGCCUUCGACUUGAAGGUCCAGAUGAGAGGCACAAUGUUUCCUCCCAGUUAUCCCUUUCAGAGAUCGGGUCCAGGCAGCCAAGACAUCGAUGCGUAUCAUACGUAUGCCUUCAACACAAGUCGCGCUGCGCAAGACUUUCCAAAGGUCAAUGCAAAGUUCAAAUGGGGAACAAAGGAGCUGCGAUGGGAUAUUUUUGAUAAGGAUUACGAAGAGUCGGACUGGACUUAUCCUCCGGUCGUUGGAGAGAACGGCUACAUCGGAGCGGCAACGUCCUCGACAUACGCGUCCAGCUCUGUCACAUUCGACCCUACGACGAUGGACCGAGAGAAGGUUCUGCCUUUCCCGAUGCGGGGAAUUGAGCGAACGACGACGUGGAGUGAGCUGACCGAUCGUUUCUGGUGGCUGGGCAAGUUGGCCAACGGGAGCUAUAUCGCCCCUGGCAACUACACGAUCCGUUUUGCCGCACUCACGCCUUUUAGCAACCCGGAGCACUCUGACAAUUGGGAUAUCUGGGAGACUCCUCAGAUCACAAUCCUACCUUACACUGUUUGA